CCAGCCCUCAUCAGAGAAAAAAGAAAUGUGAUGGGUCAAAGUCAAACUAUAACGAUCCAUCCCUUCCCAAUUGGCGAGCUGCAAAGUCAAACCAGCCCCAUCACUGUGGUCUGCUGGCCUCAUCGGCCCCUCACAACACACGCAAACAUUCCUAUAAAAACACCCGCCGCUCAGCCUCUCUAAUCCUUACACCCUCUCUCUCUCUCUCAACAAUGGCUUCUUCAACUCCUAAUGUUUACCUCUUCUCCACUCUCUUCCUCCUUCUCAUCUCUUUUUCCUUCGCUCAAGUAUCGUUCCGACCGAAGGCGCUCAUUCUUCCAGUAGUAAAAGACACAGCAACCCUCCAGUACGUGACCCAAAUCAAUCAAAGGACACCACUCCUACCCAUAAGGCUCACUGUCGAUCUCGGAGGUCAAUUCCUAUGGGUUGAUUGUGAUUCAGCUGCCUAUGUCUCAUCCUCUUAUCGUCAAGCACGGUGUGGCUCAGCCCAGUGCUCAUUAGCCAAGUCCGGCGCAUGUGGCGGUGGGAUAUGUGGUCUCUUCCCUGAUAACACCAUCACCCGCACUGGCUCAUAUGGAGAAGUCGGAGACGACAUCGUUGCCCUCCAAUCAACGGACGGAUCAAACCCUGGCCCCAUUGUUACUAUACCCCACUUCAUCUUCACAUGUGCCCCCACAUUCCUCUUACAAGGACUAGCUAGCAAGGUUAAUGGUAUGGUAGGUCUCGCACGGACACGUAUUGCACUCCCGUCUCAGUUCGCAGCUGCAUUCAGCUUCCACCGAAAGUUUGCUGUCUGUCUGUCAUCCUCGUCAACAUCCAACGGUGUCAUAUUCUUCGGUGAUGGGCCAUACAUGUUGCUUCCGAACAUUGAUGCCUCCAAAUCACUUAUCUACACUCCCCUCAUUAUCAAUCCUGUAAGUACUGCUGGAGUUUACGGAUUAGGAGAGCCUUCUGAUGAGUAUUUCAUCGGUGUGAAAUCGAUCAAGAUCAAUGAAAAGCGUGUCCCGUUAAAUGCAUCCCUUCUCUCCAUUGAUAACAAUGGCUUCGGUGGAACGAAAAUCAGCACCGUCAAUCCUUACACAACUCUGGAGACGUCCAUCUACAAGGCUUUCUCUGAGGCUUUCAUUAGAGAGGCCACAUCCAGGAAUAUCACUCGAGCGGCACCGGUGGCGCCUUUUGACGUCUGCUUCAGUUCAAAGAGGAUCGGAAGUACACGAGUAGGGCCUGCUGUUCCGUGGGUCGAUCUUGUCUUGCAGAGCGAGAAUGUCUACUGGAGAAUCUUUGGGGCGAAUUCGAUGGUGUAUGUGAAUGAUGACGUGGUAUGCCUGGCAUUUGUUGAUGGUGGGUCUAACCCUAGAACGUCGAUCGUGAUCGGAGGCUAUCAGUUGGAGGAUAAUCUUCUACAAUUUGAUCUAGCCACUUCAAGACUAGGGUUCAGUUCAUCACUUCUCUUCAGGCGAACCACAUGUGCCAACUUCAACUUCACAUCCAAUGUAUAAUGGGUGGUACUGAUAAUUUCUUACUAUAGAUAUGAGGUCGUUUAAUUCUAUUUUCUGAGCUGUACGUUUGUGAAUAAAAGGCCACCAUCAGUUGUGUGGGCCUCAAUCAUGUGAUGAAUUUCUUUGGUUUGGUAGUUGGACGCA